AAUAAGACAGUUUUCAGCAGAAGAGCUGCAGGGAGGUUUAUAGUCAGCGUUUACACAGCUAAUGAUUUUUUCUUCUCUGCUUGGGAGAAAAGACCUUGCACAGAUACAGCCAGGCUUCUGCUUAAUACUGCAGGGUGUCACAAAGGAAGAUGCUUCAAUUCUCAACAGGAGCUCUGUUUCUUCUCCUACCCUGGUUUGGUGGACUGGUCCUUGGAGAGAUCAGCAAUGACUUCUCCCAGUGCCUUGAUUUCUUCUACAAUAAAACUCCACCAAAGGGUAUCAAUGCAGUAGGAUACACACCAAUAUGCCAGCGCUUCAAAAACCGGUACCACUUUGCCAGCUUGUAUCACCAUGAACAUCGUGCACCAUUGUACUCUGCGUACAUACUCAGUCCUGCAGAUGGCAAACGGCCCAAUAGCACUUGGAUGUAUGAACCACAGCUGGUGUCUCCCAAUGCCACCCCAGUUAUGCAGCCUUUCCCAGUCCCAAAUCAAAUCUACAGAGAUGUGCAGAAGAGCCAGGCGGUGCUUCAGGACUACAAGAACUCCGGCUACACCAGGGGCCAUCUCAAUCCCAGCAUGCACCAGAAGACAAAAGAAGACCGUGAGGCCACCUUCACCCUGACAAACAUUGUCCCUCAGCGGAAAGGCUCCAAUACUGGCACCUGGAAUGGUCUGGAAGGGGAGGUGUUAAAAAGAUUCAAGGAUUUCUGUAAGGGGUCAAUGUAUGUGAUCACAGGGGCCAUGCCUUAUAAAUCUGGAGCACACAAGAUCAAAAACAGGGUGUCUGUUCCCGAGUACAUGUGGUCCGCCUACUGCUGCCCAUCCUACAGUACCAGCCUUCCUCAGUCCAUGAAGCCCCUUUUCCCUACAUAUGCUGUGGUAGGAAGAAAUGACCGCAACAGUGGACAGGAGAUUGUGCCGGUGGAUCCCAACGUAAAUCCCAAUGUGCGAGGCUAUGAUGUGAGGCAGAUGCCUUUAAAGACUCUGGAGGACAUCCUGGCACAAAGGCUGGGUAUGCCUGAAAUCAGUCUCUUUAAAGGGAAGUGUCAGUAACAAAGGGUGACAAGCUCUUUGUUAGAAUCAGUUAACUUACCUGCACACAAUUCAUCUAUCAAAGUCAGUAGUCCCCCCCGCAACCCCAGUGUCUGAUGAGACCCAAAGCCUUAAGGGACCAGUGUGUAGGAUUUAGUGGCAUUAAUGAAGUUGCAGGUUAUUAUUAACUGAUCACUGCUGGCAUCAGUGUUUGAGGACUAAAUGACAAAUGAGAAGGGGCUGUAAAGAGUGUAGGAGAAACUACGGCAAAAAAAGCAAAAGGCCUCAUCUGUAGCCAGUGUUUGGUUUGUUCGUUCUGGGCUACUAUAGAAACAUGGCGGUUCAACAUGGCGUACUCCAUGGAAGGUGGCUCAAACGUCUGUAGAUAAAAAUGUCUCAUUCUAAGGCAACAAAAACAUAACGAUAUUCAGGUGAUUAUACGCUAAUGAAAACAUACCUCUAAAUAUUAUAUUCCACUCCUGCAAAUAGAUCCCCUUAAUGUUACACACUGGACCUUUAAAGAGACUCACUCGCUACCUAAUAAUUACAGACUCAAUGUUUAAUCAAAAUAUUAUCUUGUCUCUGCUGAUUUCUAAUAAAUAUGAUCUUGCAAAAGUUAUAUUUUAUCUUAUCAAUGUUAUCUUGUAUGUUCACUCACCACAUGCUUUUGCAAUAAAGAAGACUGACUGGG